CUUGGCGCGGGCUCGGUGGUGAGCGGCGCUCACUUCGGAAGCAGUCGGGUCCUGUUCGCCAUCCCUCGGCGAGCUUCGACGCUCAGCGGACGCUCCCUGGAGAGCGGGCUCUCUGUCCCUUGAUGCCCGGCGCAGUGUUGUGAGACAGCGGACGCGACGAUGAUGAUCUCCCCGUGGGACCGCUGGUACUCCACCAGCUGCUGCCUGUGCUGCCAUGUCCGCACAGGAACCAUCAUCCUGGGAGUCUGGUACAUGCUCAUCAAUGCUGUGGUGCUACUCAUCCUGCUCACAGCCCUCAGUGAUCCUGAGCAGUACCACCUGACCAGCGCUGAGUUGGCUAAUGACCUGGAUGUCAUGGAUGAUGCCAUUUUUCUUUCUGCUUCAGACAUGUGCAUCGCCUCAGCGAUCUCUCUACUGAUGAUUCUUAUAUGUGGGAUGGCAACAUAUGGUGCAUACAAGCUGCGAGCCACUUGGAUCGUCCCAUUUUUCUGCUACCAAAUAUUUGAUUUUGCUCUCAACACCCUGGUUGCUGUCAGCAUUGUGGUUUAUCCAAACACAAUACAAGACUACCUGCAGCAGCUGCCUGAUAACUUCCCCUACAAAGAGGACAUCGCUGCUCUCAGUAAUGUCUGCCUGGUCCUCAUUGUGCUGCUCUUCAUCAGCUGCAUUCUCAGCUUCAAGGCUUACCUCAUAGCAUGUGUGUGGAACUGCUACAGAUAUGUGAACGGCCGGGGUUCUUCUCAAAUCCUGCUCUACGUUACAACCAAUGACACCACGGUGCUGUUACCUCCGUAUGAUGACAGCGUCAGUGUCCCUCCCAAGCAGGCUCCUCCACCCUACCCCACUGCUACAGCAUGAAAGCAUUCCCCAGGAUGCUGCUGAACGCACCCUGUCGUUCAUAAAAUCCCAUAAAAUCGUAUGCACCACACUGCCUCUCCAUUGUACAGUGGAGCUACGCACACGUUACAGUUCACCUCACACAUGCACGCACAAGAUCAUGUCACACACAUUAUGCACACACCACUACCUUACUGUAACCUCUCUUCCCUUCCUGUUAUUUGUUGUUAAACUCAUAAUCGUCCUGUAACUCUUCCCUGUAUUUUUUCUGUCUCUGUGUUAUUCCAGAUAUAAUGUGGGUGAGGUGACAUAUAAAUAGAACUAGAAAGUUUGAUAGACGAUAGAUUCCAUAUAUUUUUGUUAGAUGUAUUUAUGCUGUGUGUGUUUCUGUCAUAGUAUUUUGAUAUUCAUAUUGAAUUUAUGCAUUAAUGCAAAAAGGAUGAUAGUAAUGUGUCAUGAGUCAUCAUAUGUGUCCUGUUUGUCUUGCCUCUGCUUGUGAUCAGGGUGGAAUUGCCUUCAUUCAUUACUUUCUCUCUGAUGGGUGCACUGAACAGGGCCAUGUGUCCCCUUGACUGGAAGUUUUCCUAAGUAAUGCAACUACCUGUAAUCUGAUGGGACUUUAGAGCAACCUAGUGUAUAUCAAACAUAUCACCUUCUCCUACUGUUGUAUUCAACUGCUGACACAACUGUCUUCUGUUAGAAAAGGGUCGGGUUGUGCUGGUUGACCUCCUAACUUUUAAAAUGUAAACUGUGUUUCUACUGAAAUGCUAUUUAUUGAUUUUGACAGCGCAGACAUAGCACUGAUCUGGAAUCAGUUUGCUCUUUGAAGUCACUAUGAGUGACUUCAAAGAGCAACGGAACCUGUUGCUAUGACUCCGGCUUCUCUGCAUAUACUCAGGAGCUCGGUAAAUAUGGACCCUGGUUGUGUUUUUUCAAUUAAGCCAACGGGAGCGUCUGGUCUGUGUAAACAUGUGAGUCUGUUCCACCAGAUGCAGUGAUAUUGGCAAGCUGCUCUGUGGACGCAAAAUGUCCUGUGAGGACACACAAGUCAAACUUAUGGACUGCUGCUGGAUGAAAAAUAAAGAUGUGACAUGUAUUUGUCUAUUAUAAGCUAA